GGGGCGCGCCAGGCGGACCAGGCCGAGGGUCGCGUGUGCGCGUGGGGGCGCGAACGGGUGCCCGUCGCGACCCGCCAGCCGCCGCGAGCCGAGGACCCGGAGCCCGUGGCCGAGGGGCGCCGGGCCCGCGCGCGCGCGCACGCACGCACGCACGCGGGGGCGGGGGCAGGCGCGCGGCCGCCUGUCGCGACUGUCGGGGGCCGAGGCCCAGGGGGAGGUGGCCUGUCGCGGGUCGCCCGGCUCCCAGAGGCGAGGGGGGCGCGGGCGGAUGGCGGAAGGCGCCCAGCCGCAGCAGCCGCUCCAGCUCGGGCCCGGCGCCGCUGCCCGGGGGAUGAAGCGGGAGUCGGAGCUGGAGCUGCCGGUGCCCGGAGCGGGAGGAGACGGAGCCGAGCCCGGCCUGAGCAAGCGGCCGCGCACCGAGGAGGCGGCGGCCGACGACGACGGCGGCGGGAUGCAGAACGAGCCUCUGACCCCAGGUUAUCAUGGAUUCCCAGCACGGGACAGCCAGGGUAACCAGGAGCCAACAACAACUCCUGAUGCAAUGGUUCAGCCUUUUACUACCAUCCCGUUUCCACCUCCUCCACAGAACGGAAUUCCCACAGAAUAUGGAGUGCCACACACUCAGGACUACGCCGGCCAGACCAGUGAACAUAACCUGACACUCUACGGAAGUACACAAGCCCACGGAGAGCAGAGUAGCAACUCACCCAGCACACAAAAUGGAUCUCUUACGCAGACAGAAGGCGGAGCACAGACAGAUGGCCAGCCAUCACAGACACAAAGUAGUGACAAUUCAGAGAGUAAAUCUACCCCUAAACGGCUGCAUGUCUCUAAUAUCCCUUUCCGCUUCCGGGACCCCGAUCUCCGACAGAUGUUUGGGCAAUUUGGCAAAAUCCUAGAUGUAGAAAUAAUCUUUAAUGAACGUGGCUCCAAGGGAUUCGGGUUCGUAACUUUCGAGAAUAGUGCUGAUGCAGACAGGGCCAGGGAGAAAUUACACGGCACCGUGGUAGAGGGCCGUAAAAUCGAGGUGAAUAAUGCUACAGCACGUGUAAUGACCAAUAAGAAGAUGGUCACACCAUAUGCAAAUGGUUGGAAGUUAAGCCCAGUAGUUGGAGCUGUAUAUGGCCCCGAGUUAUAUGCAGCAUCCAGCUUUCAAGCAGAUGUGUCCCUGGGCAACGAAGCAGCAGUGCCCCUAUCAGGAAGAGGGGGUAUUAACACUUACAUUCCUUUAAUCAGUCUCCCUUUAGUUCCUGGAUUUCCUUACCCAACUGCAGCCACCACGGCGGCCGCUUUCAGAGGAGCCCAUCUGAGGGGCAGGGGGCGGACAGUUUAUGGUGCAGUGCGAGCGGUACCUCCAACAGCCAUUCCCGCCUAUCCAGGAAUAGUCUUACAGGAACCAAUCAUUAGCGCUAAAAUACCUCAGGCCGGAUAUGCAGCCUACAGAUAUGCACAGCCUGCUACUGCAACCGCAGCCACGGCUGCUGCAGCCGCUGCCGCCGCUUACAGCGACGGUUAUGGCAGGGUGUACACAGCUGACCCCUACCAUGCCCUUGCCCCUGCCGCUAGCUAUGGAGUUGGCGCUGUGGCGAGUUUAUACCGAGGUGGCUACAGCCGAUUUGCCCCCUACUGAAGUGACGUGAGACCCCUGCAAGUGGGACAGCCCCCAGUUCAUGAGGCCUGGCUAUUGCAAUAUUUACUAGUAGAGGAACUCUAUAGCAAGAUGAAGAGGAAAAACAAACAAAACAAAACAAAAAAAAACACAAAAAAAAGAGAGAAUACUUUUUUAUACCUCACUAUGUUCUUUGAAUAUGUAUUUUUCCUUUAAAUUUCUGCCUUUAA